UUGGUUUGUUAAAGCAGCUUCAGGAAAUUCCAUUGCUGAACUUUGAGCCUUGCCUGCUCAGCUCCAAGAGUCUUUAAACUUUAAGUCCAGGGGUGUUCACAUCAGUCAGGACGGAGUGACAAAAAGAAUCAACCUAAGACAACUGGAAACAUCAGGAUCCUUUCCAUCAGGACCGCAAUUGUUUUCUUCUCGAUAACCCCUUAAUUUUGGAGCCUUCUUUGAAUACUUUUUCUACCGCUACCCUUUGGCUGGUCUUGCCAUGGCUACUCCAGUGCCGACCUGCCACGUCAACGCGACUGUAUGCUCGGGCGCAUCGUGCCUUGUUCCCGACAGCGACUUCAACGCCAUCCUGAGCGUGGUUCUGAGCACUGUGCUCACCGUUAUGCUGGCCAUGGUCAUGUUCUCCAUGGGCUGCACCGUGGACGUGACCAAGUUGUGGGCACACAUCCGCAGGCCCUGGGGCAUCUUCAUCGGCUUCCUGUGCCAGUUUGGCAUCAUGCCUAUGGCCGCAUUCAUCCUCUCCCUAGCCUUCCAGGUAGAACCGGUGCAGGCCGUGGUGAUCUUGAUCAUGGGCUGCUGCCCUGGUGGUUCUAACUCCAAUAUCCUCGCCUACUGGUUGGACGGAGACAUGGAUCUCAGCAUCAGCAUGACGACAUGCUCGUCCAUCUUGGCAAUGGGGAUGAUGCCCCUUUGUCUACUCAUCUACACCUCUGUCUGGACCUCGGCUGACACCAUUCAAAUUCCCUAUGAUAGCAUAGGUAUUACACUGGUGUGCCUGAUUGUGCCUGUUACCGUGGGAAUCUACGUCAAACACCGGAGGCCCAAGGCAGCAAAGAAGAUCCUAAAGGUUGGAUCCAUCUUGGGUGUCAUUCUCAUUGUGGUCAUUGCUGUGGUUGGUGGAGUGCUAUACCAGUCCUCAUGGGAAAUCGCUCCUGCUCUGUGGAUCAUUGGCGCCAUCUACCCUCUAGUGGGAUAUGGCCUGGGCUUUCUCCUGGCUCGAUUUGUAGGACAGCCCUGGCACAGGUGUCGCACCAUAGCCUUGGAGACAGGCUUCCAGAAUUCUCAGCUAUGCAGCACCAUCGUUCAGCUGUCCUUCGCCCCUGAGGAGCUGGAGAUCAUGUUCUCGUUCCCCUUAAUCUACAGUAUUUUUCAGCUGCUCGUGGCCGUCAUGUCAGUGGGAGGCUACCAGAUAUACAAGAAGCACUGGAAGCAGAGCAAGCCUCUGGAGGACAGUGAGAAGGCUGCAGCUGACAGCAGCUCGGGGAAAGAGAAGCAGGAUUAUGCGUUGGGCAAUGGUGGACUUCAGUGCGAUGAAAAUGGCAAUACUGAAGGCAAGGGAAACAUCACUCAGUUGUGAGCUCCAUCUGAACUC